AUGGUCGACGUUGGGGUUAUUCAAGCCUUCCCUUGCGAAACUCCAAUGGUUAAGCUAACUCUUCCUCCUCCUCUUCUAUGGCUACUUCUUCUUCCUCCGCAUCAUCUUCUCAUCUCAAUCAAAAUUACAUUCACCAAUCUCGCCAUUUUCCCUAUCAUGACCUCCUGUCGUUGGAGGAUUGGGUCAAAACCAUCAUCAACCCGCCGCGACGAUCCCUUUUGUCAUAUGUCACAAGAUCACUUCUCCGAGUUAAAUGAAUCUUACCACCAUCGAAUCGUGUUUUCUCUCAUCUCUUCAAUUUCUUAA